CCAUGGCUCCGCUCCCCCUCCCCCUCCUCCUCGCGCUCGCCGGCCUCGCCGUCGCCGCCGCCCAGCCCUUCACCCCCCCACCUCAGCAGCAGGCCACCGACGCCUCCGACGCGGCCGCCCUGCGCGCGGUGUUCCAGCGGUGGGGUCUCGGUUUCGGCGCGACGGUGAACCUGGAUCACCCGUGCGGGACGCGGGACUGGCCGGCAUCCUUCGCGAGGAACGCGUCCGUCGGCUGCAGCUGCGACGGCUCGCCCGAGUGCCGCAUCACGCACCUGAACGUCACCGGGUUCUCGAAUCUGACCGGGAUCCCGCCGGAGCUCUUCAACUUGACGGAGCUGGUCUCUCUGGAUUUGAGCAAUAACAACUUAAGUGGUUCAAUACCUCAAGAAGUUGCCAAUCUCUCCAAACUACAGACAUGGCGCUUCAACAACAACAAACUCAGUGGGCUUUUACCUAAUGAAUCUUCACGUUUAGGGAGUCUUCAAUCCCUGUGGAUGUUCGAUAAUUAUAUUGAAGGGCAACUUCCAGAAUUUAUUGCAAAUCUUACCAAUCUCACAGACCUGAGAAUAUAUGGAACGAAACUCCGAGGACCUAUUCCAAAGAACUUCUCUAAUUUGACAAAUCUGAAAAUUCUAAUGCUUGGUGAUCUUGAUGGUGGAAAUUCUACUUUUGAUUUCAUAGCAGAUGAGACAAAUGUUUCAAUAUUAUCAUUGAGAAAUUGUGGAAUUGGCCAGUUUCCUAGUAAUCCCCCAAAUCUACGCAAUCUAACAUACCUAGAUUUGAGGUCAAACAACUUAUCAGGCUCAAUGCAACAGUUGCGUCUGUUUAGCACUUCAAAGUACACAUAUGUGGGUGAAAACAACUUUAGUGGAAAUCUGCCUUCUGAAAUUGUUCAAUCAUCACGUGGUUUGGAUGUUUCCUAUAAUCCUUUUCUUAAUGGAAACCUUCCUAAUAAUCCCGCUGAUCGGAAUUGGUCAAUAAACUAUAUCGGGACUUCAAUUGCUGCAAGCAGAACAAUUAACAGUGAGAACCUUACUCUCCUGAACUGUCUCCACAUGAAAGAAUGCAACAGAAAAUUCUACACUAAUCCUAUAACUUCCUUCGCUGUAAACUGUGGUGGCAAGCAAAAGAUUUAUCCAGAUUCAUUGCCCAUUACCUUCAACGAUGACACCAGUGACCUUGGAGCAGCAGGUUUUCAUGUUAAUACUGACAGGCAAUGGAUAGUUAGCCAUGUGGGUUCUGAUCCUUUUAGUGACUCUCCUGGUACCGUAAAUACAACUCAAGAUAUUCUGGGAACAGACAUGCCCGACCUCUAUCAAACUGCAAGGACAUCAAGAAGUGCUUUGUCGUACUAUGCGGUUGGUUUGUUGAAUGGGAAAUAUACAGUUCAACUCUUCUUUGCAGAGAUACUUAUUGACAGCCAGUUAUAUAAUGGGACAGGAAGGCGUUUGUUUAACAUUGAUAUUCAGGGUCAGAAUAUCAAAACCGAUUUUGACAUUACUAAGGAAGCAGGGGGGGUCAGAAGACCCACAAACAUAACUCGUGAAGUGACUGUGGAUAACUCAGUACUUAAGAUACAUCUGUAUUGGAGUGGACGAGGCACAUGCUGUAUACCAUACGAAGGAGCUUAUGGGCCUCUGGUGUCAGCAAUAAGAGUUUUUCGUCCUGAAAAGCCAAACAACAGCCCCCCACCACCGCGGCCAGUGUCAGCGCCGAGUGAUGACAAGAGAAGAGGAGUGGUCGCGGGCAUUGCAGCCCUGUGUAUAGCUGCGGCGGUGAUCUCUUCGUCCGUCGUUUACCUUUGGUGGAAAUGGGUUGCACUGGUAAAGCAUCCAAAUGCAUGAGGGGGGAUCAGAUGUGCAUAGCAUGUGAAUUAGCCUAUGUACUGUAUCAUAUCUUCACCUAGCUUGGUUGGGGGACAUGGACGCCUGUACAGGAAAACUAGCGUGAAGAGGAGAGCAGCAUUGGUGUACAGUUCGGUUUACGGUCAGGGUUUUAGGUCUGUAGCUUUGUUUUAUUUUCCAUCCAUCGAUUGUAACUUGUAAGGACCACUCUAGUCAUCUCCAUUCUUUAUUUGUUCGUUCAAACUUAUUUCCAUGUAGUGCUGCCUUGUUGAAUGAGUAAUUAACACAUUGAGGUGUUCUUUGGAAUGUGAAAUUUCUUGUACGUGCUUGA